UUCAUCUUUGCCUAUAAAAACUCAUUCCUAUAUCUAAACCUUCCAUUCAUCCCCAAACUACAAUCAACAUGUCUAUUCUCUCUUUAACUCCACUCUCCUUUCUUUGUAAUCUCUUUCUCAUCACUAUCCUUCUAACAUCUAAAUCCAAAGCAGACAACAACGACCAAAACUUCCACUACUUCUGUGACCAAAACAACGACAGAGGUAACUACAUAACCGGUGACACCUACCACAACAACCUCAGAAUCGCUUUUAUGCACCUCACUCACACCUCAAAACUCGACUACGGUUUCAGCAACACCAUUUACGGCCAAAGCAACGACAAAGUAAACCUGAUAGGAAUAUGUAGAGGAGACCUUAAUCCUGAAGACUGUCGCAAAUGCCUCAUUGGUUCUAAAUUCAAUCUCACACAAGCGUGUCCAAACAAAAAAGAAGCAAUUGGUUGGUACGAGGACGAGAAAUGCAUGUUACGUUAUUCAGACCGUUCGAUUUUAGGCUUAAACGAAAUCGGACCGGCUUAUUUUGCAUGGAACUUGAACAACGCAACGUUGGCAGAUCAAUUUAAUGUUGUUGUGAAACAGUUGUUGAAUGAUUUAAAAAGCAAAGCUAUAAAAGGUGACUCGAAUCGUAAGUAUGUUGUGGGAACAUUGCCAGGUCCUAGUAGUGGUGAAAUAAUAUAUGGUCUUGUUCAGUGUACACCUGAUUUGAGUGGUCCACAGUGUGAUGAUUGUUUGAUUUCAUCUAUUGCUGAAGUUUCGAGAUGUUGCAGUAAUAGGAUUGGUGCUAGAAUUGUUAGGCCGAGUUGUAAUUUGAGAUUUGAAACUUCGUAUCAGUUCUAUCAACCAUCAGCAGCACUGGCUUCAAAUCUGCCAUGAAGAUAAAGAAAACAGAUGAAGAAGUACUCCUGCUAUAUAUAGUCGUGUGACCGUUGAUUUUGUUGUUGUGCCUACUUUUACCUGUGUUUGUUUGAGAAUAAGGACAGUCAAUGAAACUUUGAACGUAUUUGUAAUAAGCACAGAUGCUUCAUUAGGAGAAUCUUGUCGUGUAUAUAUAUAUAUAUAUAUAUAUAUAUAUAUAUAUAUAUAUAUAUAUAUAUAUAUAUAUAUAUAUAUAUAUAUAUAUUUGAAGUUGAAAUAGUAUGUCUGUAAUCAAUAAAUGUCAAAAUUAGUUUGUGUUGAGCAAAGUAUGUAUUUGUUAUAUUAAACCGAAAAUCAAAUAUAAUAUGUUGAAACAUGUAGUCGAAGUAUGUAGCAUGUGGUUGUUGAAGGAGUCGACAGUGUAGAAAUAAUUAAUUUAGCAUAGUUUUAGUCAAGCUAGUUAUUUUUGUGAUUACUUCAAGUGCAAGUAACCUCAUAUAUAAAUAGAGAGAAUCUCUAUUUCAUUU